AUGGAUGAAAAUCAACAAUUAUUUCUCAUUGAAUUUUUGGUCGAUAAAGUUAAUAUCCCAGCUGUUCGUGCUAUACAUGAAGAAAUGUUACCAGUGACGACCUGCAUUUCUUUUCAAAUCCUUGGUUUGCCACCUAUCAAUAUUCAUGAGGAAGCAUCUAGCGAUGGAUGUGCUUGUGUCAGCGGUGACACUCAAGUAUUUAAAAAAGGAAAAUCUUGUCUAUUUGCCCUACCCAGUAAUGUUCUUCAAAAACCAGUUCAUAGUUUUCCUGUAACUAUGACUGUUUAUAAAAAACUUCCACCCGGAGUAUUACCAGAUGUGAUGUUAAUCGGCUCUUAUCAAAUACAAUUAAGAAAUUUAAUAAAUGAUUUACUAAGUCAACGUAUAUUCAAAAAUGGCAAUCCAUGUAAAUCAUUAAAAAGCACUUUCAGGAUAGCAACAGCAACUGGACAGUGUGUCGGCGAAGUUACUCUUUUCAUACGUGCCUCCUGUUUCGGGAAAAAAAUAGUCACUCAAUUUCAAAUACCUCAUAAUAAAAAACCGUAUUUGUUCAAAGGAACCGAUGAUAGUCCAGUAUUUCAAUGUAAAAAAAUACCUUCAAGAAAAUGCCUGCCAAAAUUUAUACCAUGCAAUUGUCCUAUAAAAAAGAGUACGGAUGGAAGCGGCGAAGGAAAGACUUGUUGUCGUCCAAAAACAUGUCCUGAAACUUGCUUCAUGCCUUGUUGUCGUCCAAAAACAAGUCUUGAAACUUGUUUCACGCCUUGUUGUCGUCCAAAAACAAGUCCUGAACCUUGUGUCAAGAUUUGUUGUCGUCCAAAAACAAGUCCUUGUUCUUCUUCGGUCAAACCUGAAAUUGAUAAGUGUAAAGGACCUCAUACUGAACCUCCACCUUGUUAUCCAUCUUGUCUACCACUUUGCAAGUCAAUACAACAACAAGAACAACAAUGUAUAAAAUGUUGUUCCAUUUAUCCGUCAUGUAUACCUCUUUGUAUGCAACCAGUAAAAUCUGUUCCACCUUGUGGUUAUCCACAACCUGCUACCACAAAUAUUUGCUCAUCUUGUUGCUCACCUCAACCAGUUAAAGAAAUGAGCUGUGCUCCCUGUUGCGACACAAAGAAAACUACUUUUGAUGACCUAUUUAAAAAGAAACCUGUAAGAAAGUGCGGAUGCGUUAUUAAAGAGGAACCAACUUGUAGCUGUAAACGAACUUGUUGAAUGCCCAGCAAAAAAAAUGAUAACAGUUAUACAAAAUAAUGGCUGAACGUCAAGAUAAGAA